AUGGAGAGGAAGUGGAAGUGGAAGUGGAAGUGGAAGUGGAAAUGGAAAUGGAAAUGGAGAAAAGGAAGAAAGAAAGAUAAUGUGAAGAAAGGGAAAGGAAGACGGAGACGAAGAAGGAUGCAGGAAAAAGAAAAAGAAGAAGAACAAGAACAAGAACAAGAAGAAGAAGAAGGAGAAGAAGAAGAGGUGAUUGAUGAAAUUUGA